AUGUCUCAAAGGAAGGGCAGACAAUACACGCAAACGACUCUGGAGGUUGACUCUCAGGCCACCACUGCAGAAAAAAAUGACGGUGCUAAAGCUAGCGGCGCCACGGGGCUAACAGAAGACGGUCCUAUCUCACUGGGUACUUUGCGUACGGAGCUAAGAGCGGAAUUUAACUCGUACAGAGACACAAUGCGAUCAUUUCUAAAGGCAGAGAUGGAAGGCCUCACCAAAGAAAUACGCGACGAGAUCUCAUCCCUGCGGGAGACCACCAAAGCGGACAUUAAAACUGUUCACGACGAGCUAAUGGGAAAAGUCGAGAGCCUGUUUUCAAUGCAAAAAGAGGCGGCUGUCACACAGUCGGACAUGGAGCAAUCCCUCAGCGACACUUCUGACAGGCUCACGGCUCUGGAAAACUCCUACCAGACUCUGGCUGCUGACCAGAAGAAACUUAAGGAGAAAUGCAUUGACUUGGAAAACAGGAGCCGCCGCCAAAACAUCAGGAUCCUAAAUGUUCCGAAAACAACAUGCCAACCAUAUUUAUAG